GGUUUUUUCUUUGAUUUUAAAAAUUUGAGACUUUGAUCUUAGAAAUAACCAUAUUGUGUUGACCAAGAACAACAAUUUGUCAUCUACAUGUAGAUUGUGGACAGAGGAUGUAAUAAUAAUGCCACCUUUAAAUCCCAUGGGUAGCUGGGAGCUAGACCAGGAACAAAGAUUUAACGCCCAGAACCCGCCAUGUUGGGUUGUGACGUUAAUGGUAGUUUACCAGUGGAUUUGAACAAAUAAAUAUCGAUCCUCCUAGAUAGUAGAUAAAGGUUCCCUGACUAUGGACCCCUGGAACAGCGCCCAGGAUGUUGUACGCUGCACCCUGUGUCAGGACUCUGUGGCCCCCAUGUACUGUGAAGUUUGUCAUAUACAUAUGUGUAAAGACUGUGUAGAGACACAUUUAUCAGAUUCCUCUAAAGUCCAUAAUGUGGUGUCGCUAAAACAAUACUUCACCACUCUGAACUAUCCCAAGUGUAGGAAACAUCCCACCAGACAAUGUGAACUUUAUUGUGAACAAUGUGAUAUUCCUAUUUGUGCACAAUGUAUUUUGUCUAAAAAACAUUUAGGUCAUAUACAAGUUGAUAUUCUUAAAACCUUUGAAAGCAAAACGGAAAAGUUGCAAAAUGAUUUGCAAGAAUUGGAGAAAUUCAUUUAUCCUAAAUACCAAGAGAGUGCAUCCAUUAUCACAGUGCAGAAAGCUGAACUGAGUAAAAACUCCCAGAAAUUGACAACAACAAUUGACAGACAAGGAGAAGUCUGGCACAGAGAAAUAGACACCAUUAUCACAAACCUGAAAUCUAACAUGGAGGAAAUGGAAUCCAAACACCUGGUUGUCCUGAAUAAACAGGAAGAUGAAAUCACACACACUAUUUCUGAAAUCACACAGACCAUUGCUGAACUGAAGAAGUUACUGAACUCCAAAGAUGUCUGCCUUGUCUCUGAGUGCAAAUCCAGGAACGCUGAGUUCAGAAGAUUGCCUCCUAAAUACAAAGUGUCCUUACCAAACUUUAGGCCUCAGGAAAUCUACACAGAUCAGCUGAUUAAACAGUUUGGUUCUCUGUCAGCAUUAUCUUUUACAACAGAGAAACAAGACUACAGCAUGCCGCCCCAGGGAGCCGAGUCCUCUCCCCUAGACCGGUCUCUGAUGGAUGAACCCCAUGUCAUCACAUCUAUAGACACGGGGUAUGAAUAUAUAUACGGCGUGACGUGCCUGAAUGAAACAGAUGUAUGGGUGCAUGGUAAUAACAACGUUUUGAAGCUUUUCAAUCUUAAUGGAGACCUACUGCAGUCCAUUCAAACCAAGUCAGGGAACCAGCCAGAGGACAUAGCAGUAACAAGGAGUGGGGAUCUAGUUUAUACUGAUUACGAUGAUAGAACUGUGAACAUAGUGAAGAAUACACAGAUACAGACAGUGAUCAGACUACAGGGGUGGAAACCUCACGGUGUCUGUAGUACCUCCUCUGGUGACCUCCUGGUUGUCAUGGACAGUGAUGAUGAUACACAAACAAAAGUUGUGCGUUACUCUGGCUCCACAGAGAAACAAAGUAUUCAGUACGACGACAAAGGACAACCUCUCUAUUCAUCUGGUUACUAUAAAUACAUCAGUGAGAACAGGAACCUAGAUAUCUGUGUGUCAGACAAUACAGCCAGUGCAGUAGUGGUGGUCAAUCAGGCCGGGAAACUCCGGUUUACCUACACUGGUCCUCCCUCUACUACCGAGGGAUUAUUUAAUCCAUACGGCAGCACAACAGACAGCCAGGGUCGGAUCCUGACAACAGACUAUUACAACCACCAUAUCCACAUCCUGGAUCAGGACGGACAGUUCCUCCGCUACAUUGACAACUGUCAUUUACAGUAUCCAUGGGGUUUAUGUGUGGACACCAGAGACAACCUCUUUGUGACUGAGGAGAACACAGGUAAAGUGAAGAAAAUCCAAUAUUACAUGUAAAUCAAUUAACUGCAUAAAUGAGAUGUAAACAAAUGAACCAAGUAUAUAUUACAUACUGUGUGUAGAUAUUACAUGUAACGACAGUGUUUGUAGUGCUCCUGAAUAUACCAUCUACAUUAGAUGAGAAUACUGUGUGUGUUUAUAUUAUACAGGUAUUUAUCAUUACAGAUAAAAUAUAUAUAAUCUGUGUUAUCGGGUCAUGUAAGUUUUUUCUAUUGGAUGUAAACAAAUUGUUGGCUGUACAGUGUAUUUCUAUAACAUGUAGGUUUCCAUGUAUUUUGUAAUAUUGCAUGUCAUCAAACUAGGAGCAUUUUAACACCAACUUUUUUCUGCAAACAAUGUUUCUUUCAUAUUACAUGUAGACUGUCCAUUCUUGUAUAGUAUAUGUAAACAAAAUGACUGUUUAUGUCAUUGUUACCAUGUGUAUUAACCCUUUCAACGCCGAUAGUCAGUAACGUCUGUAAUGUCAUCUUGCCAUACAAUGACGUCAACGUUAAGUAAUGCGGUAAAACGCGACGUCGAGUUGCAAAGUAAAAAGUCGCACCUGCUUAUUUCAUAAACAUAUU